AUGACGUCAUCACCCCAGGGGUCAGGGUUCAAGGAUGAGGGGACGAUGACAUCACAGAGGGAGCUGGUUGAGGUAGGGGUGCAGGCGGGGUCACCUCUAGGGUCAAAGUUCAACUUUAGAUCAAAGUCCUUCCAGAGCUCCAUAAAGGAUCAUGGGUCGGACAGUAAUCUGGGGUCCCCCCCUCGGUCCCACUCCUACAUUGGCUACAACUCUUAUCUAGGUUCACAGUCAAUCUUGGGGUCCCCUCCAGGGUCAAGGUUGAACCUGAGGUCAUCGCUUGGCUCCCACUCCAACCUGAUGCUGCCUUCUUCCAGUAUGUUCUGUCUGGACAGCCCUGGAGAGGAGAGUGAGGAGGGGGUGAAGUGGGAGGAGAGCAGCUCUCCCCCGCUGGGGGAGAUGGGGAGGAGGAGGUCCUGUCUGAAGGUGGUGGUACAGGAGGAGGAGAGGAGGAGGAGUGGAGAGAGGGAUCACAGCAAGAGGAGGAGUAGUAUGAAACAGGUGCAGUGGGAUGAAGAUGGACUGACCUGGGAUGUUUACGGAGCCUCCCUGGACCCAGAGGUGCUCAGCUCAGCCUUACAGGUGUGUGUAGAAACACCUACAACUCCUGACCAGGACAGACAGCACAAACACAGAAACCACUUCCAAGACCAAACCCAAGUCAAGGUGAGCUGUGGGCACGAGGCAGUGAUUCUGCUGGAGAUGGUUGAUGUUCCAGGACCUCCGCUCCUAUCUCUGCUGCUGCUGUUGAGUGUGUCGGCUCUGCCUGCCGGCGCAUACACUCUGACCCCCGGCAGACUGCCCCAGGCCCAGCACAAAGUCCUGCAACUAGACUGGCCUAAGGACUGUGGCAUGGCACACUACAAACCCAACAUGGCUGAACGGAUCGUCUCUGGCAACGAGGCCAGACCUCACUCCUGGCCAUGGCAGGUCUCCCUACAGGUUCGUCCCAGAGGCAGUAAGCACUACAUCCACGUCUGUGGCGGAACACUCAUCCACAAGAACUGGGUCCUCACCGCUGCCCACUGCUUCCAGAAGGGUAAAGCCGAGGAUGCUGGGAGUUGGAGGAUCGUCCUGGGGAAGCAUCGGCUGAAACGUUCGGAGACGCCCGAGAGGACUAUCCCGGUGAAGAGGAUCUACCGUCACGAGCACUUCCGUUACCCCACGCACAGCGAGCUGGACUAUGACAUCGCCCUGGUCAAGGCUGCCACCGACAUCGUGCCCAACAACCACAUACGCUACGCAUGCCUGCCGCGCAAACAGAUCAACCUGAAGCCUGGACAAUACUGCUGGGUGACCGGCUGGGGAGACACUCGGGGUGGGAAGGAGAAUGUGUCUCUGGCUGAGGCUCUGAACCAGGCCCGUCUGCCCAUCAUCGACUUCAAGACCUGCCGUCAGAAGAAGUUCUGGGGAGACCGCGUCAGGGACUCCAUGAUCUGUGCCGGCUUCAGAGACACAGAAGGACCACCUGCUGCCUGCCAGGGUGACUCAGGGGGUCCUCUGCUGUGCCAGCUGGGGCGUGACAGGUGGGAGGUGCACGGUGUGGUGAGCUUCGGCCCCAUUGGCUGCACCGUGGAGAACAAGCCCAGCGUGUUCACCCGCACCGCCAACUACAUCCCCUGGAUCGAGGCUACCCGCAUCAGAGACUUCUUCCUGCACUAGACCACACUCACACAUAACCUGACAACCCCUCUGCACCCAUCAAACUAUAGCAUUGUUUUUGAGAAGAGAUACCAUAUUGCAGUUUGUUUCGUAAUCACACUGAUGUCAAUGAUUCAGUGUUGUUCCAUGUCCAUUACCUAUCAAUUUUGUCUUGAGCAUUCUGUCCUGCUAAAUGUAACAUUCAGAAUCAUGUUAUCCCAUUUUAAAAUGGUGCAUAUUUGCAAUUUGUAUGGCACUUAUGACACCUUGACCACCACCCUGUCCCCAUCCACUGCUCCACUUCCUGGUUGUACUCUUUCCUGACUACAUUUCCCACCAUGCACCCAAUAAAAUUAGCAGAAAAAGCA